UGCGCAUGCGCAUAACACUAGUGAGUGGCACGCGCGUGGAGGAAGUCGAGUGACAGAUCUUUGGCAGCCCGUCCCGGUCCCACUACACACAACUGGCCCAAUUCAUCCUUAGUCACUCCCAAAAAUGUCGUGGCUGUUCGGCCUGAACAAGGGGCAACCGGAGCCUCCUCCGGGUCUGCCGGUUCAGCCUCCCCAGCCGCCGCCGUCCGGAGGCUCCAGCGGCGGUGGAGAUAAACCCAAGGACAAAUGGAGCAACUUCGAUCCCACCGGGCUGGAACGGGCUGCACAGGCGGCCAAGGAGCUCGACAAGUCCCGAAAUGCCAAAGAAGCUCUGGAGUUGGCCCGCAUGCAGGAACAGAGUACCCACUUGGAGCACCAGAGCAAAAUCAAGGAGUAUGAAGCGGCCGUGGAGCAGCUGAAAGGCGACCAGAUCCGAAUGCAGGGUGAGGAGAGGAGGAAAACUCUAAAUGAAGAAACCAAGCAGCAUCAAGCGAGGGCUCAGUACCAGGACAAGCUGGCCCGGCAGCGCUACGAGGACCAACUAAGACAACAGCAAAUGCUGAACGAGGACAACCUUCGCAAGCAGGAAGAGUCGGUUCAGAAACAGGAAGCCAUGAGGAAAGCGACCAUCGAGCACGAGAUGGACCUGAGGCACAAGAACGAGAUGCUGCGCAUCGAGGCCGAGUCCAAAGCGCGGGCUCGUGUGGAGCGAGAGAACGCCGACAUCAUACGCGAGCAAAUCCGCCUGAAGGCUGCGGAGCACAGACAGACAGUCCUGGAGUCCAUAAAAACAGCAGGCGCGGUAUUUGGAGAAGGAUUCAGAGCCUUUGUGUCUGACUGGGACAAAGUCACGGCCACGGUGGCCGGACUAACACUUUUAGCUGUGGGGGUGUAUUCAGCCCGCAACGCCACCGGAGUGGCGGGUCGCUACAUCGAGGCGAGACUGGGGAAGCCGUCUUUGGUGCGAGAGACGUCCCGUUUCACUGUGGGGGAGGCCAUUAAGCAUCCAGUCAAGACGGUCAAAAGACUGAAAAGCAAACCUCAGGAUGCCCUUGAAGGAGUUGUGCUCAAUCCUAUGCUGGAGGAGCAAGUGCGUGAUAUUGCCAUAGCGACAAGAAACACAAGGCAGAACAACGGCCUCUACAGGAACAUCCUGAUGUACGGACCCCCAGGCACCGGCAAGACGCUGUUUGCGAAGAAGCUGGCAGUGCAUUCUGGGAUGGACUACGCAAUCAUGACCGGGGGUGACGUCGCACCGAUGGGCCGCGAUGGUGUGACGGCCAUGCAUAAAGUGUUUGACUGGGCCAAGACGAGCAGACGAGGUCUGCUGUUAUUCGUCGAUGAAGCCGACGCAUUCCUUCGUAAGAGAUCCACUGAGAAGAUCAGUGAAGAUCUCCGAGCCACUUUGAAUGCAUUCUUGUAUCGCACUGGAGAGCAGAGCAACAGGUUCAUGUUGAUUUUGGCCAGUAACCAACCAGAGCAGUUUGACUGGGCCAUUAACGACCGUAUCGAUGAAAUAGUCAAUUUUGCUCUGCCCGGGCUGGAGGAGAGAGAGAGGCUGGUGCGUUUGUACUUUGACAGAUAUGUUCUGGAGCCCGCCACCGGAGGGAAGCAGAGAAUGAAGCUGGCGCAGUUCGAUUAUGGUAAAAAAUGCUCCGAGAUAGCCAAGCGGGCAGAAGGCAUGUCCGGUAGAGAGAUCUCCAAGUUGGGAGUGGCCUGGCAGGCAGCGGCGUAUUCCUCCGAGGACGGCGUUCUGACAGAGGCCAUGAUCGACGCCCGCGUGGGCGACGCCGUCAAGCAGCACCGGCAGAAGAUGGACUGGCUGCGUACCGAAGAGGAGGCUCAGACCAAGACCCUCACGCCUCCGCCAGCAGGGGGCGCCGCUAGUAGCGCUGUCGGUAAAAUAGGCUUCACUCUGCCACUUGGAGAGACACCUCAGGCUCAGGAGGUGAUCGCCCCGCUCCUCGUCCACGAGAUGAAGCAACAACGGGACGGUCUAUCUCAAGAGAGGACAGCAGAGGUUCAAAGUUCUGCCUCAGCCGGACUAGACUGUGAAGAAGCAGUCAAAGCAAGUUUAGAGCAGCCCGCGGCUGACAGUGAAGGCAGCGUGGAGAAAAUGGACAUGACUGGCUCGUCUCCAAAAGAUGGAACUCCAGUCUGAAUCAUAGAUUAUUUCAAUGAAUUAGAAAGACUCAUGUCCCUCGAACGAGUCUGUCACUGUGUCUUCACACAUGUUCCGACUAUCUUGGACUGGUUCGUUUAUUGUUGGAGGAAACUAACCUGUAAAAGAUUACUUGUCUGUCUGUAACAAGUUCAACAUAAUAUAAAUGUGCACAAUGGAGUCAAGUAGAAUUAAACUGCUCUGUGUCUUUCUAA